CGGCCAACCCCAUCGCCCGCUGCUCUCCUCUUCGUCCUCCUCAUCCUCCUCUCUCAUCUGUUCACUCCCGGCCCUGUCCUCCUGCGCCCAUCCCAGCGUACCACCCGAGGAGGGAGAUGGCCGGAGGCGGCGACAACUCCCAGACGAACGGAGCUCGCGACCAGAGGGCCAUGGAGGAGGGGAGGAAGGACGAGUUCGCCGGCGACCGGGGCUGCGCCGCCGCCAUCUCCAUUCCCUUCGUUCAGAAGAUCAUCGCAGAGAUCUUUGGCACCUACUUCCUCAUGUUCGCGGGGUGCGGCGCGGUGACCAUCAACGCGAGCAAGAACGGCGCCAUCACGUUCCCGGGGGUGGCCAUCGUGUGGGGGCUGGCGGUGAUGGUGAUGGUGUACGCCGUCGGCCACAUCUCCGGCGCGCACCUCAACCCCGCCGUCACCCUGGCGUUCGCCACCUGCGGCCGCUUCCCGUGGCGGCAGCUGCCGGCGUACGUGCUGGCGCAGAUGCUGGGCUCCACGCUCGCCGCCGGCACGCUGCGCCUCAUGUUCGGCGGCCGCCACGAGCACUUCCCGGGGACGCUCCCGACCGGCUCCGACGUGCAGUCGCUCGUCAUCGAGAUCAUCACCACCUUCUACCUCAUGUUCGUCAUCUCCGGCGUCGCCACCGACAACAGAGCCAUCGGGGAGCUGGCAGGGCUGGCCGUGGGCGCAACCAUCCUGCUCAACGUGCUCAUUGCCGGGCCCGUGUCCGGCGCGUCGAUGAACCCUGCUCGGAGCGUGGGCCCGGCGCUGGUGAGCGGGCAGUACCGCUCCAUCUGGGUUUACCUGGUGGGCCCGGUGGCGGGGGCCGUGGCGGGGGCCUGGGCCUACAACCUGAUCCGCUUCACCAACAAGCCCCUCCGCGAGCUCACCAAGAGCACCUCCUUCCUCCGGAGCAUGAGCAGGAUGAACUCCGCCGUCUGAUCGCUAAUCAACCGCGAGCCCACCAGUCAGAGCUGAUGUGGCAGGCCAUCAUCCUUACGUGGGGCGGCCUGGGGGCAUUUCAGUAAUCUAGCACCUAUUCACCUGUGAGAGUAUAUAUACUACUAUAUACUUCAUCCGUUCCAAAAUGUAGGUCGUUUUGGCUUUUUUUGAUUCAUAGUGUUUAUUAUGCAUCUAGAUAUAACAUAUGUCUAGGUACAUAGCAAAAUAUAUGAAUCUAAAAAAAUCAAAAUGACCUGUAUUUUGAAACGGAGGGAGUAUAUGUGUGUGACUGUGUGUGUGGAGGACAUGGGGGAUGAAGGGUUGGAUAAUCAGAUGGUGAUGGAUGUGGCAGUGUCCAUGUACGCCUGUUUCGAUAACUCGAAUUAAUCAGUGUUGGUCAGACUCAAGACAUGUUAUCAUCCCCAUGCUUACCUUA